ACAGAAAGUGCCAAUCAGACCAGUGAUACUUAAUUCAUUGUACAGACUCUCGCGGCUCCCAUGUGGUGGCUGCUCUUGUUACAAUUGGCUACAGGUGCACGAGAAGAGGCUUUGCCGGCCAGGCCCCUGUUGGGACCGAAGCCCUUGGUCUUUUGGCACUCGGAUGAGUUGCACUUCCAGGUGCCGCACGACUGGACCCUCCACGGUCCGGUGGGCACGGUCUGCGUGUCGGGCGACGACCGCGUGGGGAAGUCCACCCUCCUGAGUCUUUGGAUCAAAAACCUCACCCAGAACAAGGCCUUCGAGUUUCCGGCGGGUCACGCCCGCACCUCCUUCACCCAAGGUUUGUGGUCUGCCGUGCUUCAUUCAGAGGAGACUCAGCUGGACUUCCACUUGAACCUUUGUGACUCGCAAGGCUUAAAGCAAGUCCCCGAGCUGCAGCAAUGGAGGCUCUUUGCCGCCAAUGUUUUAGUGCCACAGGUCUUGGUUUACAUGUUGAUCAACGUGGUCCAAGUGGAUCAACUCCGAGAUUUGGCUCGUAUGGCGCACCAGUUUCAGAAGCUGGGCAACAACUCUCAGCAGCAUCAGCGCUUCGGACGGCUCUCGCCGCACCUCAUGGUGCUGGUCCGUGAGGAGAGCGACUUAGCCGAACAGGAUGGCCGGAACCUCACGGAUCACCUGGAGCAGGUGCUGAACAGCCCGGGCUACGAGGAAGACAAAGCCUUGAUCCGGCAGGUCUUCCGCACGCGGGAGGCUUGGUCACUUGAGGAGUUGCCCAAAGAGGCACGCCACGCACUCCGUGAGGGCGACUUCACGGCCGAGAGCGCCCGCAGCUGGCGCUGGUCUGGAGAGGCUGCCCUGAAGCAAGUGCUCCUGGCCAUACAGAGGAGGACCCUUCUGCUGCCACAGGGCCCGGAGCUUUGGGAAUGGUAUCGGAGCGUCUUGGCGACGGUGAACAGUGAGGAAGAGACCUCCCUCGAACGGCUCAUAGGCCACGGUGAGCGUUUAGACGUGAUGCGCCGCCGUCGGCGAUGGCUGCAGGAUUGCUUUGGCCGUGUGCUGGCGACCCUUGCAGGUGUUGCGAUCUUGUCAGCGUUCUCCUCCUCCUUGGGUUUGUGCCUGGAUCGAGCUGCAGGGUUGGCCUGGGUCCUCUUGAGCGUUUGCUACCUGGGCGCUUCGCCUUUGUUGAAGAUGCCGAUGCGGGGCCUUGCCGAGAGGGUGUGUGACCAGCUCUACUUGAAGGGUGGUGAAGAGUUGGUGAAAGCCAUCUGUUUGGAGGCCUCGUCCCAAAGUGCGGCCGUGCUCGUGGCCUCGGUCUUGGGCCUCUUGAGCUAUCCGCUCUUCACCGCCCAGCUGCGGUCGCUCCUGAAGCGUAUCCCCCUGCCUUCCCAACUGCACCGGUCCUUUGUGACGCUUUUCCUGGUGCUCUUGGCCCUGCUGCUUUCCAUGCUUCAGGAGGUCCUCAGCGAAGCUGCAACGAGCACUCCUGCGUUUCUAGGUGCCUUCGCUGUGGUCUUUCUGGCCACAUUGUUGGAUGGAAUCACCCUGCUGCAGAAGGUCUUGCACAAUCGCAGCUGCACCACGGCUUCGGCCGUGGGCCGCGGCCUUCACUUUUGGAUUGCUCAGCGUGAUGCUGAAGUGGCAGCAUUGGAGGCAAGUGCUGAUUGGAAGCUUCAUUUCCGUCGGUAUUCCGAGUGUGAUACCCUUUGGAGAUACCGGCGGUUGCCACUCUGGCAAUCUUGGUCUCGAGUGCUCCAGGCCCUGGGAUUGCUCACCUGGUCGUGGCUCAUUUAUCCACAUUGGGAUGUGGUCUUCAUGCUAGGUGCUGCCCUCAACCUGGUUGACCUGUGCGUCACCUGGGCGGUGUGGCUUCGGAAGCGCUUCCAGCCAGGUCGAGAUCCGGUGGAACAAUGGUUGGAGGAGCUUCAAGAGGACAGUGACGAAGAGAAGGAGGAGGAGGAAAUGAUUCAAGACGAGCCACCAAUCCUGCCAGAAACACCCGAGGAGGCCCGGUUGCGGCUGCAGAUCGAAGAGAUGCGUUAGCAAUUUGCAAUGCAUGUCAGGCGCUGGGCUACAACCGACAGAACUGAUUGACCAUUACUUGAAAUUCAGGGCUUUGUGAGAGGGGGCAGAGAGAAAGA